UUCUAAAAAUGGCAGACGAAGUUGAAGAGAAAGUAAACCCAGAGAUAACAGAAGAUGAAACAAUAGAACAGUUUCAAAGUGGUCAGCUGUCUUAUAUUGGACAAAAUGAAGAAUGUAUUCCGACUUUUCUUGCUGAAAAAUAUUCAUCUAUUACAAAGAGAUUUGAUCUGAGUUUUAACCAGUUGAAGUCAUUAUCCGAUUUAGAAAGAUUUCAGAAUUUAGAGGAACUGGUUCUUGAUAACAACAGAUUAAGUGAUGAUGUAGUAUUUCCCCGUUUAAAUCAUCUUCACACACUCACACUGAACAAAAAUUGUAUAACAGAUUUAUAUCAUUUGUUAGACAACCUUGCAGAAAAUGUUCCAUCAUUAACAUACCUAAGUUUAUUGGGGAACUUGGCGUGUCCAAAUGAGUUAUCUAGUCCAGACAAUGAUGAAGAAGAUUACCAAAGAUACAGGUAUUAUGUAUUAUAUAAAUUACCAAAACUUAAGUUCUUAGACUCCUCACCAGUCAAACAAGAGGAGUUAAUUACAGCUAAAGAGAAAGGGUCUUUUAUGAAAGUCAUCAAGGCAGAGGAAAGUGAGCUGAUUCCUGACCCAAAAAUAUCCCCUGAGACAGAUGAUUCGAAUUACAGUCCACUUCCACAGUCUGCACGUAAUCCUGAUCAGCAUUCAGCUGCCUGGGGGAAAAGUAAAUAUGUUUACUAUGGUAACCAUUCAGAGGGAAACAGAUUUAUCAGAAACCCUGACCUAUAACUGACAUUGACCUGCAAACACCAUGUUUAUUGAAAGAAAGAAUUAAGAUAACAUAAAGUCUUCACGAUGUUAACCCCAGUGAAUUUUAUGAGUGGAUAUAUAUUUUUAUGUAAAUGUUUCGUAUAUUUGAAGUGUACAUGGAUAAAAUGAUAUCUUAAUUUUUUUACUGCAUUAGAAGUAAUGUGUUAUACUCAUACUCUCAACAUACACACAUUUACAUACAUUUCCCACAUCAUCAGUAAUAAUUAUUGUAAAUAUGAUGAAACAGUGUGAGAUACCUGGCAGAAUAAUUGAAAUCUAAUGUAUGGAUAUAAGAAAUAUAAAAUACAUUUUUCAUACAACAAAUAUAUAUUUUAUGUUUCACGAAAAGGGUACAUAACAUAAUCUUUUAUGUAAUGAUUUAUACUGUUAUGCUUCAAGAUAUACUUAUGUGCAUUUUUUGUCAUGUUUGUUAAAUAUUUUAAGUGAGUGUUUAUAUUUACAAUACAUCUAUUUUGAUACAAUUUUGUAUAAUAUCUUGUGAUAGUUACAAAAAGGGCAUUAAAAUGUCCUGAUUAUAUAUUGUUAACUACCUACUGUGCAAUGCUGUAUGAAUAUGUGCCAUACAACUUCAAUGAUACAAGUCAACCUGUUGUUAUCAGUGGUGGAUCACAGAUUUUCAAAAAGUUGAGGCAAAAAAUUUGAAAAAUGGACCAUAAGGAGGAAGGACUGGGCCUAGUUUGUUAAAGUUAUGACCAGUUGAACAGUUUGGUUGAUAAAACAAAAUACAAUUGGGUCCGAAAUUUGAAUGAACUGCAAUAGGUGGAGAGCAACACUACCUUUCAAGUCACAUAUUACAUGUUAAUAAUUUUUUAUUUAUCUUAAACAUUUACUUCAAUUCAAUUCAAUUCAAAGAUUUUAUUGUUUAAAUCAAUUAUAUUCAAACAAAGGGAUUGGAUAAAGGCUCAGCCUAGAUAAAUCCUUUCCUUUACAAGUUGGAUAGAAUAAUAAUUGGCUUUAACAUAUAACGUUAAUUCAUACAUUGUAUGGUCUGA